AUUAUGGGAUUCAACAUGAAGAGGUUGAGUUAAUUACACAGGAUAAAGUAAAAAUCCGAAUUUAUGUUUUACAACAAUUUAAUGAGCAAACAGCACGUAGGCGACCUACUAUUUUAACUUUUCAUGGACAUUGCAUACCGAUUGCUGAGCGAUUCUAUAAUGAUUUCAGAUGUAAUGUUGUGAUGCUAUCUUAUAGAGGUUAUGGUCGUAGUGAAGGAACCCCAUCAGAAAGGG